ACGUCUUCCAAACUUUUGAAAGCUGCAGGGCUUAGGUAUGGGCGGUUGGGAUGAUUACAAGCCUGUAAUGGCUAUGUCUGGGUUGCAAUUUUCAUACGCAGUUAUUACUCUUACUAGUAGAGCAUCUCUCCUACAAGGAAUGAAUCCCAGGGUAUUUGUAGUUUACAGACAAGCCAUUGCAACUUUGGUUAUAGCACCCAUAGCCUAUUUCUCAAGGAGAGAAUCCGGUGGUGGAUCUUCUUUGGGGUUGAGGGGCUUCUCUUUGAUAUUUUUGGUCUCUCUUAUUGGGGUAACAAUUUAUCAGAACGUUUACUUUGAAGGCCUAUACUUGGCAUCAUCGUCGAUGGCAAGUGCGAUGGGCAAUCUUCUCCCCGCAGUCACCUUUGUAAUGGCAUCUAUUUUCGGAUUGGAGAGGGUGGAUUUUGGAAGCUUGAGAAGUAUUGCCAAGAUAGUAGGGACAAUCUUGUGUGUGAGUGGAGCAGUGUCCAUGGCAUUGCUUAGGGGCCCAAAGCUACUCAAUGCUGAAUUGCUGCUACCAGCAAAUUCUCAUGUGUUAGGAUCGGGAGAUGGGAAUUGGUUGCUGGGUUGUCUACUUCUAUUUGGAAGCUGUUGUUGCUGGUCAUUAUGGCUGAUUUUGCAGGUUCCAGCUUCAGCAAGAUGUCCUGACCUCCUAUCUUUGUCGGCUUGGAUGUGUUUCUUGGCCACAUUACAAUCAGCAGUACUUGCAUAUUUUACAGAGCCAGAGCCAAAAGCAUGGAAUAUACAUUCAAGUCUUGAAAUUGCUUCUUGUAUAUAUACAGGAGUCAUAGGAUCUGGGCUUUCAUUCUUCGUUCAAGCAUGGUGCAUAUCACGAAGGGGCCCACUCUUUUGUGCAAUGUUCAAUCCUCUAUGCACAGUUAUUGUGACCAUUUUAGCUGCUAUAUUUCUUCAGGAGGAGAUCUACACCGGAAGCUUGUUAGGUGCUAUUGGUGUGAUUAUUGGUUUAUAUAUGGUGCUGUGGGGCAAAGCCAAAGACCUUGUGGAAAACAAUGAAGAGGCAGCAAAUCUCCGAAAUGAUGAAGCCGGGAAUGUGAACUUGUUGAUAGAAGAUGAUGAUGAUGAUUUGGAGGAACCACUCAUCUUGUCUCAUAAAUCAACUAAAGACGAAGAUCGAUCAGAAGAAAUCAUAUGACGACCUUCACUAAUUAAUGGAAGUUUAGUACUCCAUCCAUCGCAUGGAUCAAGGAAUUAAAGAACA